AGCUUCAGUCAGUCCGUUUUUCUCCCUCGUCGUGAUACGUUGUGCGUUUAGUGAAUGGUGUUGUUAGACGGGCGCUCGCGUAUCAAAGCUGGAGGAUGAUGUUCUGCUUCAUCUGCAUCCAUUGAUUAUUCGUUCGAAAUUCAAGAAUGUCUAUCUACGUUUGAUUGGAGUUUACAAAAGGAAUUCUACUGGGAAAUCGUUCAUCGAGAGUUUGUCCCACUUGGUGUGAUAGUUUUUUGUUCUCAUUACCAUCGGUGUAAAGGGUAGAGAAUUAGGAAAUUCCACAAUUUUCCAUCCAUCCAACUGGAGAAAAUAAUCAAAGAGUCAGUGUGAAAAGCUAAAAAAGUUGUGCAAAAGAGAAAGCAUCACUGGCACCCAAAGGCUGUCCAUUGUUUGCCAGAAAAGGAGAAGAAAAUCAUUGAGUUUAUGGUUGGUCCCUUUUUGCGUGAAACAAAAUUGUGUUGGUGGCAGCUGGCUUGCUACGAUUAAAUGGUGUAAGUGCUUGGAAUUUGAUAGCUGCUUGUGUUCUUCCUUCGGUUCCAAUUUAUUGUGCAUUGCGUUUCCCGAAAAGAAAAUUCGAUUUUCACGGAAAUUGUUUGCCUACCGGGGCGGAGAAAGUGACAAUUAAGUUGGGGUGCCGAUAUUGGAUCAAUUGGAUACACGGAUUUGCAGCUGAGGCCAUCGAAACCGCUUCCAGAUAACGAGUGGUCAAUGGAAAGCAAUUAAUAGGUCAGUAGCAUUCCCCAUGACCCAAGGAUUACAAAUGUCUGCUGGCAGACAUAGAGACACACAGUAGGCUACGUCAAACUCCGGGAUGACCGGUGUGAUCUGGUAGUGCACACGAUAGCGCGUAUCCAUCCGUUCUAAGCUAUAGGUUUCAAGUGCGACUAUGUGAUGCAAACACCUGCCUGCCAACUAGAUCGUAACGAUGGAGACUGGUGAUACGGCAACCCUGCCCAUGGGUACUGCGACACCUGCCCUUGUUCGUCCAAACACAUUGCUGCCGCCCGAGAAAGAGCCGGUGCAUUUCCAAAUCAAUCUUAUUGGAGCACCCCCAGAAGUAGAACAGCUGAUCGAGCAUAUCAAGGCCGUUGCAGAGCAAUUUUUGUACCACUGGAAAACUUUCCCUAUCAACUUGCCUACUCCUCUUUCGACCAGUCCGGGAGGUGGGGUCGGCAAUGGCGGAGGAGGAGGAGGAGGAGGAGGAACGGUAGGGAGGAUAGGCGUUGCUAGCAACAAUAACACAACCAGCACCAAUCGGAAGUCACGCCCGAUCAAUCUGCGUGAUCUUUUCAUUGCACCGCCGUUCGACGAACUGGAUGCAGUUGCAGCAGAUGGCACGGGUGAGCCGCGGUUACUAAAUAACACUCAACUGCGCUCGUUGCGUGAGAGAGGCAUACAAAAGGACAAAUUUGGCAAACCGAAGAAAUUGAAUUUGGAACAAUUGGAAUCUAUACAGUUGACAGGUGAGUUCGAGGUGCCCAGCUUGAACUUUCCCGGUCAAAUGCAUCGCUGGAGACUUUCGCAGUUUCUGCAGAAAGGAUCGGAACGAACACGUGAUUCGUUGCUCGGAGAUCUGGCCAUGUCGGCGCGAUUCCUAGUCAUUAGCGCCAAGGGGCGACUUUUUGGCCAUUUUUUCUCGGUCGCUCAUGCCGCUCACGCCUUGCUGCAAGGGCUAAUAAAGCUGGUCGAUAUGGUGAUCGGCGUUCCUUCAUUGUUGGCGCAAAAUCUAGAUAAUAAGAUUAAGGAAGAACGAUGUCGUUUUUUGGUAGCUGAGCUAGUUUGUAGAAGUGAGUACGAAGACUGUUUGGAUGCUCUUUGCAGUUACGUUCGGCAUCAGCUUCGACGGGCCACAAUGGAAAAGUUCGAUGUGAAUUGUCAGCAGGCGCAACCCGUUCCAUAUCUGUACGUAACACCGAAAGGGCAGGAUAUUGAUUUGAGGUUGUUUUCCAAGGAUAUUAUGCGCAAAGCACUGCCCAUAUUGGUAGGAAUUCUGGAAAAAGAAACACGCGGAUGGUUUUUGCACUUCCGUGAGCGUUUGAUAGCCGAGCUGCGGGAACGCAAAAUGACUGAUGCAGAAAUUGAAGAGGAAGUCAAUGAGGCCGUAAUGAAGGAAUACCUGCAACGGGUUUAUACCUCUAUACUGUCGAAUAGCGAUCUAGCAGAUUUGGGGGAUAAUAUACCACAGCUGUUGGUGCAACAGGCACAGUCGGUUGUUAUUAUGCACAAGGCGGUUGACAAGAUACAAAAAGAGUUGAAGAAAUCUCGCGACGAGCAUCGGAAGCUUCUCCAGGAACAACACCCUGUAUUGUCGCGUAUAUCGCCCUGGUUACGCGCAAAGCUGGAAGCUGGAGAGCAAUCCAAAAUAUCUAAAAUUACUUGGGGUGCCCAUGAAGAAGCGCUGAAGAUAGCACAAAAGCACAACUUGCACCAAUCGGUUUACUUUCUUACGCGUGAUAUGGCAUUCAUGAAGGAGCGGGAGCCGGUGCUGCUGAAAGAGUUGAAGAACGCCAAAACUCCCACGCGCAACUUCCAGUGGGCUUGCCGAAUAUGGUCGCCGAAGUCGUGGGUCAUUCGGCGCAGCUUCCAGGGACAUUCGGAAAUCAUACCAACGGUCAUAACACAGCAGGCCACAUCGAUAGUUACCCCACGGUCGGAUCCUAGUCAACCAGUGUUCCUAGUGGAAAAAGAACUGGUACGCUCGACAAGCACACGGUGGCCAAUGUGGCGUUUGUUGAAUCUUUUCCAACGCACCUGGACUUGGACUUGGAACAUUAUGUUUCUGCUUGGAGUCAUUGUGCCCUGGUGCAGUCCAUUGGGCCUAAGGGCUCUCUUUUGCGUGAAGCCUUUCAUGGCAGAUCUAGAAUUAUCUCAGGUGAAUGGUACUCUCUUUCCGCGGAAAACCAGCAUUACACAAACGAUGUGUUCACGGUUGGUGGAAUUGUGGCGACACAUUUCAAAAGCUCGAACGCACUUUGAAACGGAACCGGACACCGGAUUUAUUGGUAAAGGCAUGACGCGGCAUCUCAAUCGAUUAUAUAAUUAUUUCAUAAAGGGUUUCCUGGGGUCACUGCUGAUAAUGACUUUGUUUCCAUUGCUGUGUAUCAGUGUAAGCGUCAGCAGCAUAGCUUUUGCUAUCGCUGCUCCACUGUGGAUGCCUUUCAUUACCGUCACUUUGCAUGUCUACAUGAUGAUGUUCUACGAUCUGGAUUGUCCGGAUGAAAGUCGUCGGAAUCGCUACUGUAUCUUGCUGGAAGCGGUCGGGUGGAACAUAAUAAUGCAGGGAUUUGUCCAACCCAUUGCUGCACUUAUUGUGGCAUCGGUCAUUUGUCCUGUUGUGUCAGUACUUGUUCUUUUCGUUGGAGUUGCUCGAUACUGGCUACGUCUCUUUUGGGACUCAAUCACGUUCCAUUUGUUUAUCAAGAAGUGUGGCCGGGUUCCAGCUAGCGAUAGUUUAGCUGUUAAACGUAUUGCUGGUCCUGGUUUGGCUUUGGAUUACUACUUCUCCGUGAAACCCGAACAAGCUCUGGCAGCGUUCGAAGCCAAGAUGGAACUGGACGAAUUACAGGCUUAUCAGCAUUCGAUGGAGACCGUCAUUUGUCAACCGCAGAAGGAUUUUAGUCAAUUUGUAGAAGCCUGCUUUGGUCCGUUUUCGGCGCAGUUGUCGAAAAAUGUUGGGCCAUAUCGGCAGCUGGAACGUGAGGGGCACGAUCUGAUGGCUUCACUGCAUGAAAAACUGGAAAAACGGCGCAGAGAUCUUCAAACCGGACUAACGACCGCGGUCAAAUCAAGGAUCAAACUGAACACGAUGGAACUGAAAAUCGUAAUACAGCAGUCCGCCUAUAUGUUGGAGAAAUUUUACCCAUCUCACGUUAUAGCACGCCUGUCGAUCAGCGAGGACGAAUUUUGGGAUGCCAAGGGUUUAUCUGUCGGCGAUUGGGCUGGUCUAGCUGGAAUGCUUUAUGCUGAUAUUUUCAGCUUGGACUUCCUCACUCCACUGUCGGAGAGUGAUACUCAAUUUAAACUGGAACCUCACUCACAACUAGAUCUAUCCCGUUACACUGAAAUGGUACAAAACACUAGCGAUAUAAUGGGCAUCAAUGGGCCAGAUCUCUUGGGUAACGUGUAUGCCCCGCGUGGCAAUAUACAGGUUCAUUCUCCCUACUUGGAGGUUUCCGCGUUCAACCCACGCUCACGGGUAAUGAUCAACUCCAGAAGAGCAGAGAAGAGGAAUGACACUUCUUCUGGUUUGACCACUCCGCGGGUAAGAGCUCGGCGUUCCCCGAUACCUACACAGAAGUCCCGAAACAGUUGGAAACCAUGGAAGCGAAAACAAGUGAAAACACAUGCCUCAGAUAAAUUGCUGAUUCCACUUCCGAUUCCACACCCCGUUCACAUAGCCAUAUCAAUCUAUAAUCGUGAUUCGGACCAUCCCAUUCCGAUCGAAUCCGACAUAUGCUGGGAUAUUCUACGUUCGAUAGAAGAAUGCCAGGGCGAUUUGGAAGCGAUAGUCCGUUUUAGAGAAUCCGGUGGGGAUGGAAACCGUUCUGUGGGUAUAAGCGUAGAUGGAUUAGCCGCAAUCGAUUCCAGUAUCGAUUCUUUGGAUUCAAAUUCUUCCAACUCUGGGACCAAGGAUAGCAUGGACAUGAUAGCUGGCGCUAGUGAAACGUUACCUUGCACAAACCGAGAGGUAACCAUUAUAAUGCCAUCAACCACUCUUGGUGAAGUGGAUAAUUCGGACGCAGCCGUGGAGCAGGAAAACGAAGACAUCGCUGGAGAUGAAACACCAUCUGUCCCCACUCAUUUCCAUUGGACUCUGAGAAAUUGGGGAGGGGGAAAUGCCACUCAAGAGGCACUAGCAAAUCGUCGUCGAAACACCAGUUACACGUACAGCAGUAGCACGAGUGGCGGACCAGGUAAUAUCAAUAGCGCUAGCACCAAUUCUCAAAAUGAUGCUCAACUGGAGCAGAUUCGGGUGGAUUUAGCCAGCCCGGAAGACAUCUCGCUAGAUACUGAUAGUUCACGCGCCGUUUUCAGUGCUGCUUAUGGAACUACAGUUUAAAUAAUGGAUAAUUUAGGCGUAAAAUUGUAAUUGUGUAUUUGUGAUAUCAAAAGUUACAGAUCUACUUGUUUAACUUCAGUUCAAACAUACAACAUAUGGAGUGCGUUCAAAUGCACCUAGCGUUUACCUACAAUACUGUUUUGUUUUAUUUAAAGUUUUAACUAUAACGUUUAUUUUGCAUUCAUUUGGUAGACGAAGUCAUUUUUAUUAAAUUUUUAAUUUACAAACUAAGUUCAUCUAGUCUAUCUUAUAAUCACAAACAGUUUCACUUCUGUUUCGUAGCAUUCUUAUUUGUUUUGCAAAUCCCCUGAAUCGCAAUUCCGUACGUAACACAAACGGACGGAUUCAUAUUUUCUCAAAAUAUAUUUAAGCUAUUUAUGAUGUUCUUUCGCUAUAAAUCGAUAGACACAAUAUAUUUACAGAUCACUUGAAAGUGUCUCUCAAAAGCUUGGAUGCUCAUGAAAAUGCAUUCGAAACGAGAAAGCAUUUACAACUUGAUGUAAACCAAAUCGUGUGACGCUAGGCUAAUCUGAAGCUCGUAUAAUACUAACGCAGUAAGAAAAAAACAUAGAUUUUUAUAUAUUUAGCAAAUAAAGAACACAGUUGAUCUGCCCGUAUCAUUAAGUAGAACUUGACAAAAACAAACUUUUGCGCUUCGACUCAUUCUGUCAAUUUUGUUCUAAAUUUGUUUUACAGGGUAUAUUUCUGUUAUUUUUUUUUACAAGCACAGAGAUCUUCAUAUGUUUUUACAAUUCCAGGCCAUAUCAUUCCUUUUCUAUUUGCACACAAUUUAGUACAUACCUUUUGGGUUUCAUUGUGAACAUUCUCAACAUAACUAGUUAUUAAAAAGAUAAAAAAGAAACAAUAACCUCAAUAGUUAAGAUCUUCUUAAUACUGGAAUCUACAAAUAAAUUUAGUGUAGCUUGGAAGUAAUCUUGUUAUACUUCAUCUACAAAUCUAGCUCUGUAAGACGGCAACUCACAAAGUAUAUUAGAACGAAAACGAAAUAUUUGACAAUUUUCAAUCGCUGAUUGCUUCAUGAAAAUCGAACGCAGCAAAUUGCCGAGAAGUGAAUCCAAAAGCUCUCUUUACAUUCUCUUAAUACAUGCACUCCGUAUAUAAGUGUUGACUGCAUUCUAGUAUUGAUUUGUGGCUGCUUAAUUACCAACCAAGCCUUUAUUUACACCAUAAUUUAAAUAUUUUUUUCUGUUCUGGCCAAUGCCAAAGAUAUCAUUAAUAGAAAAUCAAUUGACGUACAAGAUUUGUUUCAAAUAAAAGAUAACUGUUAUUUACAACCUCUCUGUCACCAAAAUCUCAGUUCUCUCUCUAGCUUCGAUGUAGGCUUCAACCCGCAACGCAAGUAGUACUCGUCUAGCAGCUAGUUAUAUUAUUGAAGGCAUAUCGUUACUUCUGCAUGCCUGUUAGUGUAUAUACGCAAAACAAUAUGAAUUAAUCGCUCAUGGCAUAGUGGGCCCUUUCUUGAAUCUGAUUUCAUCGAGAAACCAAUAAAGUCAUCAAAUCGAUGAACCAGUUUGCGACUAAA